GUGCAUCUGUCACAAAGUUAGGUUAGGAAUCACAUUGACAAACAGACGGCACAGUGUCCCUGUCAAUUAGUACCUACAAAAGUGUGAUUUUUUAGUUAUUCGCGAUGCUUACCACAGGUUGAGUAGGUCUAUUGUGCAACUGCCACCUCUAAUUUUAGGUAUUUUUGGAAUGGUCUGGGUGAUACUGUCUGACGUGACAGUUGACUCAUGAGCAUCAAAGAAUGCCUAGCUCACUUUUGUUCGGGAUCAGCCACGAAGGUAGGGUGUAUGCCCUUUCGACUAAGGGAUCCAAAUGGAGAGAAUUAGUCUACCUUGGCUUGGAGUUCAAAACUUUGUCUGCUGUACCUCACAUGCUGUGGGCUGUUGGUGGGGACCGACAAGUAUACGUUUAUGUGCAUGGCAUUGACAUUCCCAUACGCAUCAAGGAAGAAGCCUAUGAAAAUGAGCGAUGGCUUCCUCUGGAAGGAUUCAGCAGCCGGCUUUUCCCAAUGGAUAGAUUUCAAUUUUCAUCUAUUGACGGACUAACUGACCGAACAUUGAGUAAAGUUCGUUUACCCUCCAUGGCUUGGCAGUGGGAAUCUGAUUGGCAUUUAGAACUCUCUUUAGAUGGGCAGCCUUUGGAUCAUGAUGGCUGGACAUAUGCAGUUGAUUUUCCUGCAAAGUAUUACCCUCAGAAACAGUGGAAGUCCUGUGUUAGAAGGCGGAAAUGGGUCCGUUAUCGGAGAUACUCUGCACUCAACUCAUGGUGUGCAAUUGCUCCCUUACACAAGGACGCAACCCAGGAACCAUUCAUUGAUGUUGCUGUUGGUGGACAUGCCCUGCCUGGUAUAGAUGAAGGCUCAGUUUUAGUUUGGGCAGUAACAGCUCAUGGCAGAGUAAUGUUUCGCACGGGUGUCAGUUCAUCAUCUCCUGAGGGUCAUAAAUGGGUACCAGUUCCUAUUCCACAUGGGUGUGAAGUGAAGCAAAUAUGUGUUGGAGCAACUGGACUUGUGUGGGCUGUUUUAUGGAACGGUAAAGUCCUGGUACGCUGCAGUGUAACCAGACAUAAUCCCAUGGGUGAAUAUUGGUGUGAAGUUGCUGCCCCCAAUGAAAAUGAAAGACUGAGCCAAGUUGCAGUCGGCACUAAUGCUGUGUGGGCUGUGACCACAAGCAAUCACCUUUGGUUUAGACGUGGCAUUCGAGGGAGUGCUGCUGCAGACAGUGAGGAGUGCGCCAAAGGAUCUGGAUGGGUGGAAAUGGUGGGCAGAAUGGGCCUAAUUUCAGUUGCAGCGAAUGAUCAAGUUUGGGCCAUAGGAGCGGAGGAUAGGCUUCUAUACUUUCGCACAGGUGUGACACCUUCUGAUUUGACUGGGAAAACAUGGAGGCUGAUGGCCGCUGUAACUCAACUUAGCAGAGCAAGCAGUGAUGUUAGCCUUUGGUCCAACCUAGCAGGUCCUAAUGCCCGUCUAAAUUCAGUUGGUAGCAGUUCUCAGUCUACUGUCUGUGGGAGUUCGAUUGACAGUGAUGUCAGUGAUGUGGAAAUUCCUCACUCCACAUCAGUACCAAUGCCAUCAACGAAUUUGGGAAAUGCUAGCAGAGGUUUUGCCUCUUCAGCUCCGACACGUUCUCUAGCAAAAUUAAAUUUGAAGCCUGAUUCUGAAGGAAAUGACAAUCAAAGGCUCCUCAGUGAAGGGAAAAAGUUCUGCUCUACUUUGUCUGUAAAGUCAGAGGAAGACAGUGGUUUAUCAAACACAGGCUCAGCCAGUGAAGUGGAUGAACCUAAUGUCAAAACUAAUCCCACGGUGUGGAGCCCAGUUCAAAGUGUAGGUGGUGUACUGGGUACUGAAGCCAUGCCAGAGUCAGAUCUAUCACUGUUUUCAUCUGACUUCCCUCUCGGGGACCAUCUGGAUGCGGAUGGAAUCUGGGGUGGUGGUGAUUCGAGCAUGCUGUGGACUUGUGUUGCUGCGGGAGCUGUAUUUAUUGAUCCUAUAACUCCACCAAAUUGGUUUGUAGAGAAUUCACAGGCAUCUUUUCAAGGAGAGCUGUCCAAACCAUGGCGUUUAAAGAUUCUGCAAGAGCUGAAAACAAGAACUGACAAAGCAACUAAUGGAUACGAAACUUUUGAAAAGGCAAUUGAAAAAAACAGUUGGGUUAAAUGUGGAACAGCCAAAGCAAUGUUGAAAGAUUCUCUCCCUGAAAUCUGUUCUCUUGAGUUAGAAUGGAUUGGUAGUGAAUCUGGCACUCUUUCAAUACUAAACUUGGAUCAGACACAAACCAAACUCCAAUUAAGUGUGUCUGAAAUAACCUGUGUUGCAAGUUGCAGUGAGCCAGGUAUUCCCUGUAUUGCAAUUCAUACAUCACGUUUAAGGCCAAGUAAAGGUCCCUUAAAGCUACAGUUCAGCACUGAAACGGAAAUGGAGGAUUGGAUGGCAAAUCUAACUCUGGUUACAUGCCAGGUCAAUAGUACCAGAGGGAAGCCUAGUGCCAAUUCAUUCUGGGCUACAAGCACUAGAGGUGAUGUCUUCUCAUUUGACCCAUCUUCGUUGGAGGCCCAUCAGCUUCGAGGAGAAAAUUAUGUUCAAGAAAUGUUAGUAGCUGGUAAAUCAACUCCUUACGAUGCUCAUUUGCAUAAUAGUUUCCCACCAGGUAGUAGGGUGACAUUACUGGCAAGUGCGCAUCAAGAUACAGACAGAUUUUCUGUCAAUCUUGUAUGUCGCUCUCAGCAACAGACCUCACUAAAACGGCCUAUCAGUCACGACAUAGCCCUUCACUUCAACCCUCGAUUCCCUGACGAAAUUAUUGUACGCAAUAGCAAACACAGUGGGGUGUGGGAGAGGGAGGAGAGAGAAGGAGGUUUGCCUAUCAGCAGAGGUGAAGCAUUUUCCAUUUCCAUUAUUUGUCAAGAUGAUGCUUUCAAGAUUAUGGUAAAUGACAUUCAGUUCACGUUUUUUGAACACAGACUAAAUCCUCGGAACAUAAGCCAUAUUGAAAUUGAAGGACCACUUCUCUUACACAAACUAAUAUAUGAGUCUAAGAGAAUAAUUGUCUCGCCAUCUGACAUGUUUUGGCGUCAAAUGGGUGGUCAUCUAAGGCGGGUGGAAACGUGUGCCUCAGGAGUUACUUGGGGAAUUGGCUAUGAUUGCACACCAUGGUUCUACACUGGGGGAUGGGGUGGUUCUUUCCUCAGAGGUCUAGAGACAAGCAGUUCAGGAAUCAAUCCAAUGGCAGAUACCCAUGCUUACUACAUCUAUGAAAAUCAACGCUGGAAUCCUCUAACAGGUUAUACAACUCACAUGCUUCCAACAGAUAGGAACAUGUGGAGUGAUGCCACUGGAAGACACAAGCGUACAAAAGAGGGCACAAGGCUUCCAUCCAUGCAUUGGCAAUGGGUUUCUGAUUGGGCAGUUGACUAUCAAACACCUGGAGGUGUGGAUCAAGAUGGUUGGCAGUAUGCUAUUGAUUUUCCUGCCUCCUACCAUGGACGUAAAGGUUUUACUGACUAUGUGCGCCGUAGACGCUGGGUGAGGAAGGCCCAUCUUUUGACAAGCGGUCCGUGGGAAGAGCUCGCCAGCACAAAACUAUUGCAUGUAUCUUUGAAAGCCCCAGAUGCCAGUGCUUUAGAUGGCUGUGUGCUUGCUUGGGCAGUGACAGUGGAGGGUGAAGCAGUCUUUAGGAGAGGAGUCACAACAGAUUGUCCAUCUGGCACUCAUUGGGAUCAUGUUCCUAGCGAUCAACCUCUUAUCUGUAUCAGUUGUGGCUUUGGUCCGAAAGUUUGGGCAAUAGGUCGAAAUGGCUCUGCAUUUUGGAGAUUUGGAAUAACAUCAUCUAACCCUCUAGGUGAAGUAUGGGAGUCUGUUGAACCUCCAGCUGGGAGCUCCCUGAAGUUAGUGUCUGUUGGCCGCCAUGGCAUCUGGGUUCUAGACAGUAGUGGUCAGCUAUCUGUUCGACGAGAAGUUACACACGUUUUUCCAGAAGGAACUCACUGGCAGUCUAUUCCCCCAUUGGAUUUGGAUAACAGUGGUGUAGUCACUGUGUCAGAAGUGGAAGGAUCUGCGGUGCUCAGUCCGACAAACCAGCCACCACCCCUCACCGGCUGGAGACAUGUAUCUGCUGGACCAGGCGAAGAGGUGUGGGCCAUCAGCAGUUCUGGAGUGGUUUGUCGCAGACAUGGCAUCACCAAAGACAACCCUGCCGGAACCACCUGGUCACAUGGAGUGGUGGGUGGCUGGCAGUGCAUAACUGCUCGCGGCUGGACCAACGAACCCACUGACUAAACAGGUCACACAUUCUAUAUUGCAUGGUUAAAGUUUUUAUCUUUAUUCGUUACUUUUACAUAUACAUUCUAUAUGUAACAAUUCCUGUACUCACUCAUCAAUUCAAUCGAAUUGACUUAGUUUUAAGAAUGGCGUGCUGCCUUUCCAAUUUUUCUGCUCUCAUUUUCUUUGUGUGAAGAAUAGAUUGUGGUAUUUUGAUGAAGCUGGACUUCAUUAUGUUGUUUUAAAUUGUGUAUCCACCUAUCUUUUGCUACUUAGCAGGAUCUCCCAUGUUUGUGUAAUCUGAAAAUAUUGUGAAUCCUAUCUCUAGGUAGAGUGAUAACUUUUAAUUCCUUACUGUUUUGGUGACAUUCAAAAUGUUUAAGAGAAUAUUUAUGUAGGUUGUUACAUAGUUUUUAACGAAUUUGACUUGGUUGUGUUUGGAUUUGUCUUUACUGCCUGGAAUAAUAGACUUGGCGUAAGGGGAUGUUUUUCGCCAAAGAGUUCAGCUAGCAAUCUGAUUAUGCUUUAAUUACUAUUUAUAUGCCUCUCACUUGUCAAUAUAAAUUGAAAGAGCGUUUGUUCCCAGACCUCUGUUUGUUGUGUAUUUGAGUUUGUUUGUUUUAUUUGUUUGUCCUAUGCCCACUGGAGAUUCCUAUUUUUUUCAUCUGUGAUAUUCUUUGGCUGCAGUUGGAGCUAUAAAAGUAUACUGAAUAAAAUAUUGAAAACAUUAA